AUGCAGGUGACCAAUGGCACAUUCACCACUGUGGAUGGCGUCUUUUCGGCAGGUGACCUGCACGAUGUGGAAUGGCGGCAGGCAGUGACUGCUGCAGGCUCAGGCUGUAUGGCAGCCCUGUCAGCUGAAAGGUAUCUCACCACCCAGAGCCUCAUGAAGGAGUACAGGCCAGAGCAAGAGGAGGAGGUGCCCGUGAACGAUAAAGCUGCCAAGACUCCUGAGGAGGAGGCCUUUGACAUCCUUGCUGACAAGCACAAGGGGCAGUACGCCCUGCGCAAGCUUUACCAUGAGAGCAACCGCAUGCUGGCUGUGCUAUACACCUCGCCCCAGUGCGGGCCCUGCCGCACCCUCAAGCCCAUGUUCCACGGUGUGGUGGAGGAGUUUUCUGGCAAGAUGCACCUUGUGGAGAUCGACAUAGAGGAGGACCCGGAGAUCGCUGAGGCAGCGGGCGUCACGGGCACCCCAACGGUUCAGUUCUUCUACCUGAAGGAGCGGAUUCACAACCUGCCGGGUGUCAAGAUGAAGAGGGAGUACCGGGAGUUGAUCCGCGAGCGUGUGGGGUAG